GCGGGAAAUUGUGGUCUCGGGAAGCUCGACUCUAGAUCACAUUUACUCGCAGCACGAGUAGACCAUCUUCGACAUGCUGGACCGAGCUUUGCUUCUUGCUCUCUGGGCACUAGUAUGCUGGGUAUUCCUAGCGAUAUACAGAAUAUACUUCCAUCCCCUGUCGAAAUACCCAGGGUCUAAAAUUGCCGCUGUAUCGGAUUCGUGGUGGGAGUUGUAUUGGAAUUAUUAUCGAAAUGGAGAGCUGCUGUUCGAGAUCGACAGGCUUCACAAGCUCCACGGGCCUGUAAUUAGGGUCGGCGUGAACACCAUACACAUUAGCGACCCGGAGGUGUACCAAGAUCUAGUGAGAACCAACUCGACUUUCACCAAGGACCCUCACUUCUAUGUGAACAUCUCGUUUCCGGGCACUUUGAUCGGCGAGACAAACCCGGCCAGGCACCGCGUCCGGAGAAAGGUCUUGGCCCCGGCUUUGUCGGGCUCUAGGGUGCAAGAGCUUGCUCCCGCGAUUUUGGCGAAGACGAAGCAGCUGGUUAAGAGGUUUGAAGAAGCGGCCGAGAAGGCAUCGCCGAUAUGCGUCACUUCUGCCGCAAAAGCCUUUACGAUGGACAUCAUCUCCAAGAUUGUCCUCGGCCAUGAGUUGGGUUGCGUUACGGAGCCCAACUUUCGCAACCAGCUCACGGAAUACCUUGAAGCGGGUUUCAAGAUAGGAUGGGUUGGCACUUCGUUCCCCACGAUUUCAGCCAUCGCGCUGAAAGCCGCAUCCAUGACCACAUAUAUCCUUUUCCCCAUGCCCCUAUUCAGCUUCAAGCGUGCUUGUCUUAACAUUACCGGGAGAUAUCUUGAAACAUUCAAUCCGCACCAGACCGGAGGUCCUCUGAGCAACGCGACCCGUGAACUGCAAAAGAGUUACGGCGAGCGGUCGGCCGUUAUAGAUAUGCUUAUGGACCCAAAAGCCGCCAAGGACCACCAAGUUCCCAAUCUCGAGGAGCUGAACGACGAACUCGUCAUGCUUCUGACUGCUGGAAACGAUACCACCUCAACUGCUUUGAUUUACGGUCUUUACCAAGUAUACACCAAGCCCGCAGUCUACGAGAAGAUAUUUCGUGAACUUUCGGAGGAGUUCCCGUCGCUCGAAGAAGAGAUCACAUACGAGCGUGUUAGGAAGCUACCUUAUCUGACUGCCACCAUUAAGGAAAUACUGAGAGCUGGAAGCCCUCUACCCGGACGUCUUCCCAGAACCGUACCCGAAGAAGGAUACCAGCUCUACGGCAAAUAUUUGCAACCAGGCGUUAACAUCCAAAUGUCCCCCUAUAUCCUUAACCGCCACCCCGAUGUCUGGGAUCAGCCGAACGAAUUCAUUCCCGAGCGAUGGUUGACCGACGAUGUUGCUAGGCUCGACAGGUAUCUCGCCACCUUUAACAAGGGGGCUCGUCAAUGCUUAGGCAGAGAACUAGCCUGGUGUGAGAUGUGGGUUGUUUUCGGAAACAUCUUCCGACGCUUCCAGAUUACGCCGCACAACACAACCGACAAGGACAUGGAGUGGAAGGAUUUGAUUCUCGUAGCAUACAAGAACAAAUUCUACGCUACAGUUGAGAAGCAUUCGGUAUAAAGUAUGGGUAGUUAUAUGGGAGGUUUAGUUGAUAUAGGAGUAGGUAUGGGUAUAUAGCGACAUUACGACAGGUAUAGAUUAGGGAAUAAAGAGGGCGUAUGUAGAAAAAUGUACCAUUUACCAU